AUGCUUGACGCAGCGUUUGGCAAACACGGAAGCAAAACAAAAGAUGGCGCAUGCGUAUCGCGGAGCGCUCCAGCCGCGGCAGCAGCAGUGCUCGACGAUGACGUCACUCAUUCAAGGCAGGGAGACAAGCCCAGACACAUUACAAGAACUGACAGCUUGGUCAGGAGGACAAAACAACUGUCCACACAUUUUUGUCCACUGUUGUGCGGUGGUACUUUUGUCACUGUAGUGGUGGAGGUGGUGACGAUGACUCUGGAGGACGACUUAACUUCGGCGGCCGCCAUGGGGAACACGGCCGAGGUGGAGCGACUCCUGCGGGCAGGGGCGGACGUCAACGCGGCCAACCGGCUGGGGCACACCGCGCUGCAGGCGAUGAUGAUGGGCAGCUCGCAGGUGGCCCGCCUCCUCCUGGCCCGCGGCGCAAACCCCAACGUGGCCGAUUCACGCACCGGGACCACACCGCUGCACGACGCGGCCCGGACGGGCUUUGCGGACACGGUGAGGCUGCUGGUUUGCUUCGCCGCGGACCCGCAGGCCAGAGACCACACGAACUGUCGGCCCGUCGAUGUGGCCCGGACGCACGGUCACGCUGACAUCGUGGCUUUCCUGGAGGCUCUGGACUGAAUGGAGGGGACUGUCCCGUUUUAAUGUAUACGUUUAUUUAUUAACGGUAUGGCGUUGAGGACAAUGAUUUGGCUUCCAACGAAAUAAGGUCGGUGCUAAUUGUUAGGGCCAGACUUAUAAAACUGGUUUUACAUGCUUCAGUUGGUAUUUUGUAUUUGCAUAUUUGGGUUUUACUUGAAUCAAUAUUAUCCUAUUGACUCCGAAUGCCACAUCAUUAUUUAACAUUUCCUGUCAACUAUAAUUAUAAAUAUUACCAUGCACUUUAUCAGAAUGUCAAAAAUACGUUUUAAGGGGCAUUCUAUGCAACAAAAAUGAUUUUACUGACUUGUCCCUGAUGUGAUAUAGGUCAUUCAAAUAAACAAAUAUGACACAUUGUUUAUAUUGCUAUUAAAAAUAGGAAAUAUUGCUUUUAGGGUAAUAUUUACCCCAUAAGUGAAGCUAAUUGGCCAUUAUGUAGUAGGCCUAUGGGGGGUUAAUGAUGAAAGGAAUAAAUAGCACUUUUUUGCACGACUUCCAGUAUACGGGUGCAUUUCAAAAAAUUAGAAUAACAUAUAUCAAAAGUUGUAUGACUUCAGGAGUUUAUUUCAAACUAAGAGACCAAUUAAAGGCUCACGAAGUUUUUGCAGUUCAUUUCCUGAUUAGAGUUAACAAUAUUGAACGUUCUGACAAUUUUUAAAAUUUGAUGAUUCUGAAUUUGGGGGUUUUAUUAGCUGUGAGCUGUAAUGAUCCAAAUGAUUAGGAAAUACACUAUUUAAAUAUAUUUCACACUGUGUUAUGGGAACUGAAGAGAGUUGAAAUACUGAAAUAAAAGGAACAUUUCAAAGAUAUUCUAAUUUAUUAAAAUGUGCCUGUAGCGCGCACAUAUUGAUAUAUAUAUAUAUAUAUAUAUAUAUAUAUCAUAUGAAAUACAAAACUUUGUAUCCUUCAUUUUGAUUUUCAUUUCUGCUCAUGUGAUCUUCCUUUACCAUUCAAUUAUGUCUGUAUAGUGAAUCAGUAUGUAAGAAAUAAAAGCGUAUUUAUGUUCCAACAGUCACAUUUGAU